GGUCGCCGGCGAGGUGGCCGCGGGCGCGGCGGGGCGGGGCAGGGCGCACUCUCCUCCACGCCCGCGGAAGUGCCGGGGAGGUGGGCAGGGCGGGGAGGGAGAGGGAGCGAGGCUGGAGGAGGGCACGUCGGCGCCUCGGCGAGGAUGGGAGUCCCCAGGACCCGGAGCUGAGCAGCCUGGCGCGCGGCGGGCAGGGCGCGCAGGAGGACAGAAGCCUCGCUGUUCCUCCGGGAGCCCAACACCGUUCCCGCGCGGCCACGAUGAUCCCUCCGAGCAGCCCCCGCGAGGACGGCGUGGACGGGCUGCCCAAGGAGGCGGUGGGCGCCGAGCAACCGCCCUCUCCUGCAUCCACCAGCAGCCAGGAAUCCAAGCUCCAGAAACUAAAACGAUCACUUUCUUUCAAGACCAAGAGUUUACGGAGCAAAAGUGCUGACAACUUCUUCCAGCGAACCAACAGCGAAGACAUGAAACUGCAAGCACACAUGGUGGCUGAGAUCAGCCCCAGCUCCAGCCCACUCCCUGCUCCAGGAAGCCUGACGUCCACACCCGCCAGGGCUGGCCUGCAUCCAGGUGGCAAGGCUCAUGCCUUUCAGGAAUACAUCUUCAAGAAGCCCACUUUCUGUGAUGUCUGCAACCACAUGAUAGUGGGAACAAAUGCUAAGCAUGGACUGCGCUGCAAAGCCUGUAAGAUGAGCAUCCACCACAAGUGCACAGAUGGCCUGGCACCCCAGCGGUGCAUGGGCAAGCUGCCAAAGGGGUUUCGGCGUUACUACAGCUCCCCCUUGCUCAUUCAUGAACAGUUUGGCUGCAUUAAAGAAGUUAUGCCCAUUGCCUGUGGCAAUAAGGUGGACCCUGUCUACGAGACCCUCCGCUUCGGCACCUCCCUGGCCCAGAGGACAAAGAAGGGCAGCUCCGGCAGUGGCUCUGACUCACCUCACAGAACCUCUACUUCAGAUCUUGUGGAGGUUCCUGAGGAAGCCAAUGGGCCAGGAGGCGGGUAUGACCUAAGGAAACGCAGCAACAGCGUGUUUACAUAUCCAGAAAAUGGCACUGAUGAUUUCAGAGAUCCAGCGAAGAACAUAAACCACCAGGGAUCUCUUUCCAAAGACCCAUUACAGAUGAACACCUAUGUUGCCUUGUACAAAUUUGUACCACAGGAGAAUGAAGAUUUGGAAAUGAGGCCAGGAGACAUAAUUACUCUUUUAGAGGAUUCCAAUGAAGACUGGUGGAAAGGGAAAAUUCAAGACAGAAUUGGCUUCUUUCCAGCCAACUUUGUUCAGAGACUACAACAAAAUGAGAAGAUUUUUAGAUGUGUUAGAACCUUCAUUGGGUGUAAGGAACAGGGGCAGAUAACACUGAAAGAGAAUCAGACGGAGUUUCACUCUUGUUGCCCAGGCUGGAGUGCAAUGGCGCAAUCUCGGCUCACAGCAACCUCCACCUCCCGGGUUCAAGCCAUUCUCCUGCCUCAGCCUCCGGAGCAGCUGGGAUUACAGGCAUGAGCCACCACGCCUGGCUAAUUUUUUAAUGUUUUUAGUACAGUCAGGGUUUCUCCAUGUUGGUCAGGCUGGUCUCAAACUCUGGACCUCAGGUGAUCCACCCGCCUCGGCCUCCCAAAGUGCUGGGACUACAGGCGUGAGCCACUGCGCCUGGCCAAUUUACCUUUUCUUUAUGGCUAUUCAAAAGAAUCUUUAAAAGGAAAAAUCUAAAGAAAAAUGAUAAUAUGGAGGACAGCUUUUUUAAAAAAAUGUAACUCACCCUCCCUUUAAAUUCAAGUAAAUGAAAAUCAUUGAAAACAAGAGACCAAUAAUUCUGAGUAUUAUUUUCCCUAUAUAUUUUAACAAAGGUGGAGAUGGAGUCAUUGAAACUGGCACUUUCAUAAAUGCUGGGAGACAUUAGUCCACUCAUUUGGAUACUGAUGUGGUACCAUGUAUUUAGAGCCAUGAAAUUGCUCAACUUCAUGAAUACAGUAAUUCCAUUUUCUGUAAUGUAUCCAAGAAAAUAACCUAAAGUAAACAGGGGGAGACUUUAUGCAAAAAGACAGUCAUCAGAGUGAUAUUCAUGAUGGUGAGAAUUAGGAACAAUUGCACAAACAACGGAAGUGAUUAACUCAAUGACAAUAUUUUCUUUAAUGGACAACGUUAGGACCCUAAGCAAUUUUGAUGGUGUUAUGAUAAUAUUAUGGAAUUGGAAUAGUGGGAUCCGAACCCAGAUCCCAGUCACUGUUCUCCCAAGAUAAACACAAAUAGAGAGAUGCAGACGGGGCCUGAAGCCCUGUUUUCAUUCAUGGAACCAUAGUAAACCAGACAGAGUACCAGAUGUGAUCUAGAGACCUAAGAGGCCUCACCACAGCCCACCCACCUUACCACCACCACCAUGGGCUGGUCUGAAUCUGAAGAUCUAAUGGUACCAGAUGCCCCAUGGGAGAAAGGGAGCAGAAAGGACUGUGGCAAAACUGGCAUAAGAUGGCCCGAUUCCCUCCCAGAAGGAACAAGAGAGGAGGAAGCUUUAGGAGACAGUGAGAAACCCCUGGCACCUGUGGUGCAAUUAGAUCUUCUGCCUUUGGAGAAGUGAGGAGAGACCUAGGAGAGAGGGCAGGUAUCUUCAAAUAUUGUGUCACUAUCUUAAAUGAUGGCUUCAUAAACCAUGAACAAAUAAAUAUUAAUGAUACAAUGGUAGUAAAAAAACUUAAUGGCUUUGUUCUCUUCCAUUUAAAUUACUUUCAUGGUAUAUUUUACAAAAAUAAAAUUUAAAAGUAGCACAAUUUAAAAUAUUCAAUCUUGUCUUUUGAAUCUAAUAACAUAAAGGUACACAGUGUUGCUGUGGUUUCCUGGGCCUCAACUUUGCACAUGUGUACACAAAUGCACACACACAACACACACAUCACCAUAUCCAACAAUUGCUAUAUCGAAUUGCAUUAUCUGCUGCUGCUUAUAUAGAUGCAAUAACCCCAAGAGGUGUAUGCCAUCUAACGAUUUUUGGUUGUUAAAAUCUCUAAUAUCCUUAGGAAAUUGGGUCACUGGGCUCUAUGGUUUCACCCUGGUUUUACAGUUUUACUUGAAAUUGACAUACUUCCCUUUUAUAAAAAUUGCUUAUAUGAUAUGCGCACUUUAGGACACAUUGCAUUUUGUAAAUUGCACAAGCUCUCUUUCACCCAGUUGCUUGUAGACAGACUCUAUGUUUAAAGAAAUCAAAAGUCAUCAAUGUGCUGACAUGAAAUAUACCUCACUCAAGAGCACCCGAUCCUUCAUUUUCUGCCCAAAGUUGUUUGUUCCCCCUGGGGCUGUUAUUUGCCAACCUAUCACUUGCCUGCAUACUCCCCAAAGAGGUAACAGCAGAAGCCAUCAUCUGCCUAUAAAGAGCAGUGGCAUCCAAAGAUUCCCCUUAAUGACAAUACCCCUGGAAACCUACUACCCCUACCCCUGGAAGACUGCACUGACCACUCUGUCUCCCAUAAAAGUAUAUGCAAACCCCACAUGACUAUUCCUUUUUGGAUGUGAUGACCUGUUUUGGGGUCUGCUUUUUGAAAGAGAACAUUUUAUCUCUAGUCCCUGGCUCACAGAAAAGGAAAGAACAAAUUAAUACUGUCUUAAACAUUGUCACAAUAAUAAUUGUUAUAAGAAUCAUAUUUAUUAGUCAUUAUUUAAUGUCAUACAGACACACUGUAUAAAUAAAGUUUAUACACAUGCCCUGUGAA